AUGAUUACCGAGUACGGAUGCAGUUGAAUGCUUGGAUUAACUGAAAUGUUAUGGGAGUUCUUUCAGCUUUAAAAGGUAUAAAUGAAUCUUUCCAUAUCUUGUCCCAGAUUACCAAGUCUACUAGCAAUAGGGUUUUAACAUCAAUAAUCUUUUUCAAACAUGUGGUAAGAGGCGCCCAUUAUGCUCCACCCAGACCCAUCCCAUCAAGCAUUGCACUCCCUGUAUAUGCAAAAACUGGUGAAGUUCCAAAUCCACCAAGAGAAGUUGAGAUAAAGACAAAAGAACAAAUAGAUGCCGUGAGGAGUGCUUGUCAAAUAGCUAGAAAAGUUGCUGGGCAUGCCAAGGAUUUUAUCAAAGUUGGAGUUACAACAGAAGACCUAGACUCGGUCCUUCAUCAUUCUAUCAUUGAUUAUGGUGCUUAUCCAUCUCCUUUAAACUACAAAGGAUUCCCUAAAUCAGUGUGUACAUCAGUCAACAAUGUUGCUGUUCAUGGAAUCCCAGACAGUUAUUCCUUAAAAGAUGGUGACAUAAUAAGUGUUGACAUUUCAGUGUAUUAUGGUGGAGUUCAUGGUGAUCUAUGCGAGACAUUUCUUGUGGGUAAUGUAGAUGAUGCUGGUCGUAAACUUGUUGAUAUCUCAAGAAAAUGUCUGGAUUCUGCAAUAUGUCAAUGUGGGCCAGGAGUGAGGUUUUCUACCAUUGGAAAUACCAUCAGUUCACUGGCCAAGCAACAUGGUUUUAGUGUGUCUCCUUACUGUUAUGGUCAUGGUAUAGGAAGUGUGUUUCAUGCAUUACCAGAUAUAUGUCAUGUUGCAAACAACUACCCCGGGAGAAUGGCACCAGGAAUGACUUUCACCAUAGAGCCAGUUAUUCACGAAGGUUCGUCAGGCAUUCAAGUCUUAGAUGAUGGAUGGACCAUGAUUGCUACUGAUGGUAAAAGGGCUUCUCAAUUUGAAGAAACAAUCUUGAUAACAGACAGUGGUAUUGAAAUACUAACUCAAGAGCAGUCGUAACUAUGUCACCGCUGAAAAGGAAGCUUACAGUUCUGGAAGCUGUGUAGAACAUGACGACUGAAGGGGAAAUAAAUACCAGAAUAGCGAGUACUGUAUAAAGGCAGUUUUUCCAGGGCUUGUUCUUAUCGUACGUGCAAGUCAAGGCAUAUUUCGUAUCGUCAAUGUCAUAGCGAACUAUAUCCAUCGUAAGAGUGGUAAGGAUCCCUAUCGAAGUACCUACGAUCCAAGCUCCUAUAACAAGUUUUCGGGAAGCUCGUCUGUCUGGUGCUUUGUGUGGGAAAAAGAUAGCCAUGUAUCUCUCGAUAGAGAUGACCAAUAGAUUUAAGAUUGUCACUGCUGGGAAUGUAAAUAGUGUGACACUGUACGCCAGGCAACCAACCUUGUAGACCAGGAAUUCCUGGAACAUGUUGAUGACGAAUAGAGGAAUGUUUAUGACUGAAUUACAAACGUCUGUAAUAGCAAGGCUGUUCACGAAGUACAUUGUCAAUGGCCUCUCGAACAGGCGUACUUGGCUUUUAGAUCCUAGACAUCGUUUCCAUUCUAAUAACAAUACGAGAAAGUUCCCUAUGAUGCCUAUAAGACAGGCGACAGCAGCCAAUGAACCGAUAGUGACGCGCGUGGAAAAUCUCCCUGGAGUUGGGACAUAGAUUUGAUCGGUACUGUUCGCCCAAGAACCCAUCGGAGAGGAGCUUGGCUUCUCACGUCUUGUGAUCUCGGUAAAAUGGGGAAGUGACGCUUGAUUCUGCAAUUUUAUGAAAAGCAAUAAUUGAACUCAAGGUAGCUCGUUUUUUCUAUUGGACGGGAGCUAUGAAAGCCUAUCAAACGUCGCUAGGUGAUAGCUAAAAAAAACUAAGACGAGCAAAUAGCGCAUUCAUUGGAUAUUUGGGGAAACAUUUGCAUUUUAUUUUGAUUUUUAAACGCCAAAAAAGCUAUUGAGUUGAAGUCCGCGGUACUCGGAAGUCCAAACCCAGGUGAAUAAACAAGUAGCCCUUUAAUUAUU